AGAGCUACGGCUGCUACGGUGGCAACUGGUAACCAGCAGCAGUGCUUGUGUAAUCGUUCGUCUCUCUUCUCAUUCUCAUUCUCUCUCUCUCUCGGCCUCUCGCUCUCGGUCAAGGCUCGUUAACGACACACACACGACAUCCCACUGGCACGCAUCAGCAGCCACUCACGCCAUCACCUCCCCCUCCCGCUCACACCCCUCGCCGGCAUCUUCACCACAAGCCUCCUGAGCCAGGCGGCGCCCGUCGCUCGCCCCCCACCAAUACCACAGCAGCUUUGUUGAGAUCACCAUGUCGUGGCUCUGGGGAUCCACCACCAACACACAGUAUGAGGAGCUGGUCGAGAAAGCAUGCUCGCCGCUCAAGCUUGCGUUUCCGCAAGGCGAGGACAUUGCACUCAACCUCGAGAUCACGGACAUGAUCAGGUCCAAGGCUGUGCAGCCUAAGCAGGCCAUGCAAAGCUUGAAGCGUCGAGUUGCUAGCCCUAACGGUCGCGUGCAGAUGUACGCACUCAGUCUAGUGGAUACGUGCAUCAAGAAUGGCGGCGACCACUUUCUCGCCGAGAUUGCGAGCAAAGAAUUCAUCGACGAGAUGACGGGCGUGAUCAAGGGCCCAUCUACGAACGCCGAGGUGCGACAGAUGGCAUUGCGCAUGUUCCAGAGCUGGGCGCUGGCCUUCGAGAAGAAACGCGAGCUUGCCUUCUUCGUAGAUGCCUACCACGACAUGAAGAAUAGUGGCACCAAGUUUCCCCCUCCUCCGGAACGGACGAACUCGUCUCUUAUCGAGACGUCGACGGCACCUGCGUGGGUCGACUCUGAGGUGUGCAUGCGCUGUCGCACCGCCUUCACCUUCACCAACCGCAAGCACCACUGCCGAAACUGUGGACUGGUGUUCGACCAGGCAUGUUCGAGUCGCACAAUGGCGCUUCCUCACUUUGGCAUCAAGGAGGAAGUGCGCGUAUGCGAGAGCUGCUGGGUCAAGGCUGGUAAAAACAAGCCUGCCCCCGCAGUGCCAGGGCGCACCCCACGGACACGACAGGACUACGAUGCAGAUCUACAGCGGGCCAUUGAGCUCAGUCUUGCACAGGCACAGCCAGGCGCCAUGAUGGGCUCAGCACCACCUUUGGCACUCAAGACGGGCGCGCUGGAUGACGAAGACGAGCAGCUACGGAUGGCAAUUGAGGCCAGCCUUCGCGAGAUGGAGGCGCGUCCCUCUGCCCCUAUGGAGGAGGAGCUCAAGCCGUUGCCGACCUUCGAUCUCAACCCCCGCGAAACCGAGACAAUCUUGACCUUCAGCAACACCCUUGACCAGAUGGCGGCGUAUGGCGAGCGUGAUCUGCGGCGCUUCCCGCACGCACAGCUGUUGCAUGAUCAGGCGCUCGCGAUUGGCGGCAAGCUUCAGCGCAAUGCGGAGGAGAAGAGCACGAAGGCUCAGAUGCUGCAGGAAAUGCAGGGCAAGCUAGGCGAGGCAGUCGCGUUGUACGGGCGCAUCCUUGACGGACAGCAAGCUUACGCGCAACGCGCACGUUACGCGUACCCCGACCAACUCGCGUACCAGCGACAGCAGCAUGGCUACUAUGUUCCGCCAACCCAGCAGUCGUACACAAACGGGUAUAUGCAGCACGCACCGCCAGUGCAGGCGCCACCUCAGCAGGUACCAGCCCAGCAAGCCCAAUACGCUCCAUCGAUGUAUCCAACGAUGCCGCAAGCCGCCGCCCCCUAUGCGUACCAGCCACAGCAGUAUGCGCAGGCGCCAUCGCGCCAAACCUCGUAUGCUCAGUACAACACCCCUGAUCCUCAGCUUCCUACCGCCGCGCCUUCCGCCCCACUCCCCACUGCCCCGAACCUCAUGCCGUCCGCCCCUGCCGCCGCGUCUCCAUACGCUGCCGCCUCAGCCCCACCACCCAUCGAUAUGACCUCGCACCCCUCCAUGUCCCCCCGGUCCACUACCUCCGCCGUGCCCCUACCCUCCUCGCCUUCACGCCAGGCGAGCUAUGCCGCGACACCUUCCGCGCCGUCUGCGCCGGCCCGCACCGCGUCUUACUCGUCUACGAAGAGCCCUGUCGAGGCGCCGGCGGCUGCGCUUGCGAACCCUUGGGAGAGUGCACCCUCCGCUCCCCCUCAGCAAGUUCCACAGCAGCAGGCCGCACCCCAGCAGGCUCCGCAGCAGCAGCAGGCUCAACAGCCGCAGCUGGUCGCACAGGGAUGGUACACAUCGUCAAUGUUCCCUUCGGCUCCUGGCGUUGCCCCUUUCCCGUCGGCCCCGCAGGAGGCACCGGCCGCCAAGCAGCAGCAGCCGGUCGAGGAGGCGUUGCUGAUUGAGCUGUAAUUUGAGGGUUUGGUCAUGCGCGCAUGUGUAGGGUUGUAGAUUAGCGGACAUGCGAAGAUGGAGACAGGAAG